CCCAAGACACUAUAUCGGCGACUACUUCAACGAGUUGUCAUUGUGAGAAACGAAAAGGUGGAACAGACGCACUUGAGAAGAGGUCUUACCGUACCGGUUACCACUCGCAUUGAGUGUUUUUGGCUGACGAUAUAUGAACGUGUGUGUAUGUAAAAUGAAAUUGGUUCUCGUAACUGCGGUUAUUAUUUUGUCCUCGGUAGCGUUUGGAGCGACCGUGUCUGGAGGUGCUAACGCAAAUAAGGUCUGCAACGAUGCUUUCGUCGACAACUCGUUUUUACAGAAAAUUCCAGAUGCCAGUGAUUGCUCACAAUACUAUUUAUGCAGUUCCUGGUUUCAAUCCAAGCUGAGGUGCCCUGAUGGAAAGCACUUCAGCGCCGCUCAAGGGGAUUGCACCGAUCCUUGUUCAGCCGGCUGUGACCCCACCAUCAUUUGCACCACAACGCCAACACCGGAAGAGUUUAUAGCUACGGCAGCACAAGUUGUCACAAAAGCUGAAAGCGUAGACGGUACCGGUUACGUUUCUGCUAGCGAUGACUCAGCUGUUGCAGGCUCCGAUGGAUCCGCAGCUGCUUCGCAGAGUUUCGCUGUUGGCGAUAUUGGGUUAAAGACGAUCGCAAAUUCUGCCAAAGCUUCUGCUGUCGGCAACACCUACGUCAAAUCAGAAGCUGAAAAACCUGCGAUAGAAACCGAGGCUGCUGCCUCCACGAAGCCUGUCACCGAAGGCGUCGAAGCCAAGACUGCCUUCUGGCAGGCGAUUGUUAAAAACUUUGCUUCCCCACCCACAAAGAUUCCUGGAUAUACUGGAGCGAUCCCUACUAACUUUUGAAGAUACGACUGAUAUAAAACAAUGAAAUGCUAAGUAUAUACGUGGAGGUAUGCUUUUCGAUCGGGAAGAUUUACUUCAAAAUAAAGACGAACAGGUUUAACUAAUUCAGGUAAUAAUAAUAGUUACUGUACAGCGAAACUAUUAAAUAAAACCUAAAAAAAAAUCGAAUAUCAGCUUCACACA